CCCCUUUAAGGGUUCCGAAAAUGUCUCUUAUUCAAGAGCUGAUACGGUUCCUCACUUACAGUCCGGACACUUUCCCCCCCUUCCAGUCCGGACACUUUCCCCCCCUUCCAGUCCGGACACUUUCCCCCCUUCCAGUCCGGACACUUUCACCCCCUUCCAGUCCGGACACUUUCCCCCCCUUCCAGUCCGGACACUUUCCCCCCUUCCAGUCCGGACACUUUCACCCCCUUCCAGUCCAGACACUUUCCCCCCCCCUUCCAGUCCAGACACUUUCCCCCCCUUCCAGUCCAGACACUUUCCCCCCCUUCCAGUCCAGACACUUUCCCCCCCUUCCAGUCCCGACACUUUCUCCCCCUUCCAGUUCGGACACUUUCCCCCCCCCUUCCAGUCCAGACCCUUUCCCCCCCUUCCAGUCCAGACACUUUCCCCCCCUUCCAGUCCAGACACUCUUUUCCCCCCUUCCAGUCCCGACACUUUCUCCCCCUUCCAGUCCCGACACUUUCACCCCCUUCCAGUCCCGACACCUUCCCCCUCUUCCAGUCCCGACACUUCCCCCCCUUCCAGUCCCGACACUUUCCCCCCCUUCCAGUCCCGACACUUUCCCCCCCUUCCAGUCCAGACACUUU